AGGGACGAGGGACGAUCCAGAUCACCCGGAUGCACGGGGCAACCAUGCCAACCAUGACAUCAGCAGCUUCCGAUACAAUAAUGCGCCAUUGAUUUCCAUUCUUCAAGAGGCGCUCCGCAUCAUCCAUCUCAUCUUUCUCCCUUCUCACCCACCUCUUCACAACAAAUAUCUACGCACCUCUGUCGCUGCUGCUUGAAUCUAUUCAUCCUCACGACUAAGAUUAACCACCGCCAAAAUGCACCGCACAUACUCCAUGCGCCAGUCGCGCGCACCUACUGCUUCGCAGAUUCAGAACCCCCCUCCCCCAUCAUCCACCACCAAGGCUGGUAGAUUCUUCGGCAAGAGCAACAUCGGACACUCUUUCCGCAGAAAUGCCGCUGGUGCCUUCGGACCCGAUCUCGCCAAGAAGCUGUCGCAGCUGGUGAAGAUGGAGAAGAACGUCAUGCGCUCCAUGGAGCUCGUUGGCAGAGAGAGAAUGGAGGUCGCUCAACAACUCAGCAUCUGGGGUGAGGCUUGUGACGACGACGUCUCGGAUGUCACCGACAAGCUUGGUGUCUUGAUCUACGAGAUUGGUGAGCUCGAGGACCAAUUCGUCGACAAGUACGACCAGUACCGCGUCACCAUCAAGAGCAUCCGCAACAUCGAAGCUUCCGUCCAGCCUAGCAGAGAUCGCAAGCAGAAGAUCACUGACCAGAUUGCCCAGCUCAAGUACAAGGAGCCCAACAGCCCCAAGAUUGUCGUUCUUGAGCAGGAGCUCGUUAGAGCCGAGGCCGAGUCAUUGGUCGCCGAGGCUCAGCUCUCCAACAUCACCCGCGAGAAGCUGAAGGCCGCCUUCACCUACCAGUUCGAUGCUCUCCGUGAGCACUCGGAGAAGAUGGCCAUCAUUGCCGGCUACGGCAAGCACCUCCUGGAGCUCAUUGACGACACCCCCGUCACCCCCGGAGAGACCCGCAACGCAUACGACGGCUACGAGGCUAGCAAGGCCAUCAUCCAGGACUGCGAGGACUCUCUUACCAACUGGGUCGAGCAGAACGCCAAGGUCACCUCUUCGCUCUCCACCCGCACCCGUACCCUCUCUCAACGCCGCCGCAACCGUCACCAGGGCGAGGCCGUCGACCUUGCUGACCAGGACGCCCCCAUGGAGGGCAACCGCGACAGCAACCUCUGGAUCCCUGCCAGCCAGCACCACAACGCCGAGCACUACGAGGACGACGAUGAGGAGGAGGAUGCUAGCGUCGCCAACGGCUCUGUCCGUGGUCGUGAGGAGGAGAGAGUCGCUGCUUAAAUGUAGCGUCCGCUCUGUUUUGGUUUCUCUGAUUGCGUCUGUGGGCAUUAUACUAUACCCUUGAGCCCUAUGUUUUCUUAAGAAUGCGGCGGUAAUGUUUCUUAAUCUUUUCCUUUUAGUCGUUAUCUCUAUGCAGGCAGCAGCGCACAGUCUCCUCUUGUCUACGCAAGAAGACCAGCUCACGAUGGGCAUGAAUAGCAUGAUGACUCUGUUCUACUGGCCAGUCUCCUAAUAGCAGUUCAUACACAAAAUGCAUGACACUUUGCCGUCUACCUGUUGUCUUAUGAUACAUUCGUUACCAUGCGACC